AUUCUAUCAGAAAACAUAGGCCCCACGAGCAUCUACUAUGGACAGUGUGACUGAAAUUUAUCAGCUUCGAUCGAAGAUCGGCUUUUACUAAUCUACUUUCCUCACAUAUACCUACGCGAGUUGAUCCAAGACUGCGUUAUUCCCCCAGUACUACUAUGUCGACUCCCAAUUCGCAGCUAGUUCCUUCCAAAGACGGCGCGCUUAUCUACGCCAAUGCUUCGGGUGACCCAACCAAACCAUGCCUCGUCUUCGUCCACGGCCUUGCCUUGAGUGGCGCUGUUUUCGAUAAUAUUUUCGCCAAAUCAAAGUUGACAGAAAAUUUCUAUCUGGUUAGGUAUGAUAUUCGUGGCCAUGGGCGAAGCACGAUGCCAGAGUCACUGGACGACUAUUCUUCUGAGAUCUUUGCAGAAGAUUACAAGGCUGUGGCCCGCGCCUUUAAGAUCGAAAAGCCAAUUUUCGUCGGAUGGAACUUUGGAUGCACCAUCGUAUGUGACAUCGCUGCACACCUCCCAAAGGAUACUCUCACCGGAGUCGUCUACCUAGCGGCACUUCCCUUCAUCGGGCCAAUCAUGGGCCACGUCGGGACCUCGACCGUCCUCGGCCUCCUCCCCGGCCUGUUCAACACCGACGACGUCAAUCUCAACGCCAAGACUACCAUCGACUUUGUCGACUCCCUUUUCGCCGACCCCAAAAAUGUGCCGUUCAGCUUCAAGACGUCUUGUAUCGGGAGCGCACUACUGCAACCACCGAAGGUGUUCAAAAAUGUGUUAUCGCGACCGCAGAAUCCAGAGAAGCUGUAUGAGCUCGGGAAGGAGGGUCUUCCAAUGUUGGUUUUGAAUGGUACUGCUGAUCAACAGGUUCGAGGGAACAUAGUAGCCGAAGAGAUGAGGCCUUAUUACAAGAACUUGGAGGUUCACAUGGUUGAGGGCGGUAGUCAUGCACUUUUCUAUGACAAUGAAGCCGAAGUGGUAGAUAGUAUUUCUGCCUUUGCAUCCCGUGUUUGUAUUAGUAAAUAGUAGCGGUCAGAGUUACGAUUUUGUCAUGCUGUUUGGAUGCCAUAGAAGAAUAUGUAUUUUAACUCGUUUUACUAGGUUCCCCGAG